AUGGACCACACAGAAGCCCUGUAUCUGGACAACGCAUCUCUACAAGAGAUAACAACGGAAAUUCUUUCCUGCCAACCAAUAUGCGAACUCCCCGAUCAUGAAAAGACCCUAGCCAAAAAUAUCGCCCUGGGAGACCUGGCCAUCACAACCCGACAAACGGUGUUCUAUCCACAGGGCGGGGGCCAGCCAAGCGAUACUGGUGUUAUCUCCAUCACAGCCAGCCCCAACAACAAUUCUGACACGAGCGCAGAAUCAGUGCUUUUCCAAGUAUUACUCGUGCGAAAAUCCACCAGCGGAAGGAUCCUUCAUUUUGGACAAUUUCUCCCCAGUAACACUUCGCCAUGUUUCGCAGACGGUCAGUUGGUGUCCCAGAGAAUUGACAGUGCGCGACGGGAAUACCAUUCUCGACUUCACACGGCGGGGCAUAUCAUCGGGCUUGCGAUGCGGCUGCUCACUCCUAUCCUGGGUGAAAGGAAAAAGGUUAAAGCGAAUCAUGCUCCCAGGGAGGCGUGUAUGGAGUUCGAGGGCUUGCUGUAUAAUGAGCAUAAACCGGUGAUUGAAGAAACGAUCAACAAAUUGGUACAGAAGGCACUUCCUGUGAAGAUCUCAUGGUGGGAGGAGAGUGAGAUCGAGAAACUCUCGCUGAACAUGGUAGAGGGUCUGCAGUUGGGAGGAAACGGUCUGGUGCGCAUAGCGGAGAUUGGCGAUAUCGAUGCGAACCCCUGUGGAGGGACACAUGUCGAGCACACGGGUUUGACGGGGCCCAUCACCAUACGAAAGAUUAGUAGACAGAAGGGAGUCAGUAGGUUGUCUUAUGAGGUACCUGUUUCUUUGUGA